AUGGAAAAAAUACAAAGUGAAAGUAUAGCUUGGUAUUACCAAUCGGAUGUGAAUCCUUGGCCAAACACAUCAACCAUUGAUUCGAAUCUAAAGCAAUGGACCAAAUAUCGCGAUAUUGAAAUAGAUCUUAUUGAGGAAGGUUAUCAAGAAAAAAAAUCGUAUGCUAUAUUAGAUCGAUAUCGAAUUGAUUUUAAACAUCUUAUUCAAAUAAAUCUAAAUGAUGAAACAAAACAACGACCAGUUAAACGUGAAGCAAAUUUUAAUCGUAUAGAAUGUUUACGUGAAAAUCGUUUUGGUUCAACGAUUCCAAUAAUGUCGUCGUCUUCUUCCUAUGGUAACUUUGAUUCUUGGUGUCCAUUUUUAACAGCUUGGCUAAAUUCUUCCUCUGGUAAACAAACAUUUGUUCAUUUUCCUAAAUGUAUUGAAAAAUGUGCUCAAGGUAUCAUAAAAGAAGCUGCUUUACAUGAUAGUCAUAGCAAUGUGGAAGCAGCAUAUAUGGCUGAAAAACUUCAUCAAUAUUCAGCAAAAUCUCAAACACUUGGCCCAUUGUGUUAUCUUAUUCGUGGUUAUUCUCGUCUUUCAAAAGAUUAUAUCGGUACAGUUUAUAGAGGUGUACAUUUAACCAAUAUUGAAAUUGAAGCACACAAACGAAAUAUAGGUGAAUGGAAAACUUGGGAAGCAUAUACAUCAACUAGUAAAGAUCGACAAAUGGCUGAAAUGUUUGGAAAUACUCUUUUUAUUAUUGAAAUAACGGAUGUUAAACUUAGUGCACCACGUGCUUAUGAUAUUGCUCAUAUAUCAAGUUAUCCAAAUGAAAAAGAAGUUCUAAUGCCAGGUGGUGUUUCAUUUCAAAUUCUAAAUGUUGUACAAGAUGCUUCACAAAAAUAUAUUAUUAAUGUCAAAGUAUAA